UUCAAAAUCUUUUCCAUUUUUGUAAUAGUCAGAGAUCGAGUUCGAUCAAUGAGUGGAGACAACACAAAACGUCUGCCGCGAUGGUGGUCCGGUGGCGUUUGUGCUGCGCUCGCAGUGACCUUCACCCAUCCACUGGAUCUGGUCAAGGUGCAGUUACAGACGCAGUCGACUAAGGACAGGCAGAGUGUGGGCGUGAUCAUAAAAAACAUCUACCAACGUGCAGGCUUCUUGGGUUUUUACAAUGGCAUCUCGGCCUCCUGGUUCCGCCAGCUAACCUACACCACCGCUCGUUUUGCCUUGUACGAAACCGGCAAGAAUUACGUUGACGCCGAAAACGUAAGUACCAAGAUGGGUCUGGCAACCUUUGCAGGUCUCUUUGGUGGAAUGGUAGGGGUUCCCGGUGAUGUGGUCACAGUGCGGCUGCAGAACGACAGCAAGUUACCGCCGGAGAGCAGACGUAACUACAAACACGUUUUUGACGGCCUUUUUCGCAUUUACAAAGAGGAGGGCAUAUCUAGCUUGUUCCGGGGAACUGUACCAGCCGUUUCACGCUCAAUUUUGCUGACCAUCGGCACCAAUGCCGCCUACGACCAGGUGAAGGUGAUAUUGAAAGCCACCACAGGGCUGGAAGAUGGAGUACCGCUGCACUUUGCCACAUCUACGGCAGCGGGAUGCAUUGCUACAGUGAUAACACAGCCGCUGGACGUGCUCAAGACGACCUUUAUGAACGCCAAGCCGGGCGAGUUCUCCGGGAUCGGCGCAGCCUUCAUCAGCAUCGCCAAGCAAGGACCUUUGGCUUUCUACAAAGGCUUUAUUCCGGCCUUGAUACGUGUUAGUCCCAAUACGAUUAUCACCUUCAUUCUGUACGAGCAAGCGAGAAUGCGAUUCGGCUAUCUACCAAAAGAUUGACGUGUAAAUUCUCUCCUAUUGCCAAACGAUUUCGACUGGCUAUUUUGAAAUUUUUAAAUUUCCAAUAUUUUCUA